CAAUGGGCGGGGCUUGCCUUUGCUUCCGGGUUAUGUGGUGUUCCCCUCAUUGAAAACGGGCGCAGAGAACUUUCUCCCUGCUCUGUUGGGCUUUAGGUCUCUCGCGUGCCCACCGGGGAAAGGACAAUGCAGACAGAAUCGCUCUUGCACAGUGGCUACUCGCACCCCCUGCUCCGAGCCUGGCAGACCUGUGCCGCCACCUUCACCGCAAGCAACCUGGUCUACCCCAUCUUCGUAACUGACGACGCUGACGCCGUGGAGCCUAUCCCGAGCCUCCCAGGGAUCGCCAGGUAUGGUGUCAAUAAGCUGGAAGGGAUGCUGCGACCCCUCGUUGACCAGGGUCUGGCUUGUGUAUUGAUCUUUGGUGUUCCAGCUAAACUUGCCAAGGAUGAAAGAGGGUCCGGAGCAGACCAGCAGGAGACCCCAGCCAUCCUGGCUGUUAAAAAGCUGCGCAGCACGUUCCCGGGUCUGGUGAUUGCCUGUGAUGUCUGCCUCUGUCCAUACACUGAUCAUGGGCACUGUGGGAUCCUCCGAGAGGAUGGGACACUGAACAAUGAAGCCAGCUGCCAUCGGCUGGCGGAGGUGGCACUGGCUUACGCCAAGGCAGGAUGCCAUAUUGUAGCUCCCUCGGAUAUGAUGGAUGGCAGAGUUGGAUCCAUAAAGCAGGCUCUCGCCUCCAAUGAUCUGGGAAACAAGGUUUCAGUGAUGAGCUACAGUGCAAAGUUUGCUUCCUGUUUUUAUGGACCUUUCCGAGACGCUGCCCAGUCAAAGCCAGCUUUUGGAGAUCGCAAGUGCUACCAGCUGCCUCCGGGCGCCAGGGGACUCGCUAUCCGAGCUGUGGACCGUGAUGUGCGUGAGGGAGCGGACAUGCUGAUGGUCAAGCCUGGUAUGCCUUACCUGGACGUUGUCCGAGAGGUGAAGAACAAAUACCCCUGUCACCCGCUAGCGAUUUACCACGUCUCUGGAGAGUUUGCAAUGCUGUGGCAUGGUGCCCAAGCUGGAGCUUUCAAUCUAAAGACAGCCGUGAUGGAGGCGCUGACCAGCUUCAGGAGGGCAGGUGCGGACAUCAUCAUCACGUACUACGUGCCACAAAUCCUGAGCUGGCUGAAGGACAUUUGAUGCUGCUCCUCCUGAGCACAGAACAGACUGGGUUUUGAAGAAAUAUUACUCUGCUCUUUCACUCACCCUCAUCCCACAGCUGCUAACCUGGUCCAAUGUCUAUCUGAUCCUCUGCCUGACAGUGAGAGGGGCAACUUUUAAACUGUAACGUUUGUGUUCACCAAAGGUAUAUUUUCACAGAUGUUUAGCACCUAUCAGAUCUUUGCAUCAUGUUUUGGAGUGAAUCCAACUGAGAGAAAAUAUAAAAGGGCCAAGUACUGAAGUCUGAAAACCUACAGACACAAGAAAAUCUGCAGAUGCUGCAAAUCCAAAGCAACACACACAAAAUGCUGGAGGAACUCAGCAGGUCAGAAAGCAACACACAAAAUGCUGGAGGAACUCAGCAGGUCACAAAGCAACACACACAAAAUGCUGGAGGAACUCAGCAGGUCAGAAAGCAACACACACAAAAUGCUGGAGGAACUCAGCAGGUCAGAAAGCAACACAUACAAAAUGCUGGAGGAACUCAGCAGGUCAGAAAGCAACACACACAAAAUGCUGGAGGAACUCAGCAGGUCAGAAAGCAACACACACAAAAUGCUGGAGGAACUCAGCAGGUCAGAAAGCAACACAUACAAAAUGCUGGAGGAACUCAGCAGGUCAGAAAGCAACGGACACAAAAUGCUGGAGGAUCUCAACAGGUCAGAAAGCAACGGACAAUGCUGGAGUAACUCAGCAGGUCUGGCAGCAUCUGUGGAAAUGAGUAAACAGUCGACGUUUCUCAGCAGGUACUGACGAAGGGUCUCAGCCUGAAACAUCGACUUUUUCAUCAUUUCCAUAGAUGCUGCCUGACCUGCUGAGUUCCUCCAGCAUUUUGUGUGCGUUGCGAUGUCUGAAAGACUGCAGGUAUCUGAUUUUGCAAACGAUCUGUGAUUAUUUCAAUAUACAGAACCUCAGGGAUUGUAAAAUGAACAAGUAUGAAGGUUUUGUCAGUAAAUCAUGUGGCUGACAUGUUAAUGUACUGUGUAACGGCUGCCCAGGUGCCUUUCUGAACUUGACCCUUCUGUGGGUACAUGCCUUAGAAGUACAAUCUGUACAUGAAACCCUGUGAAUGAAUGAAAUGGAAUCCUCUGUUUUAAUAAAACAAACACUAAAAAUUAUGUUCUGUUUGGAGCUCAAGAGAGAAUUGUUCCUUUAAAUUGUAUAGUGUUUCAUAAACUGGUAUAACAAAUGAUAGAUUAAACACUCAU